AUUUCCACACCGGAUUGAAGUCAUUCUUGACAAAUGCAUCUUAGCGUCACCGCGGGCAUUUCGUUCAGUAUUUACUGGUGCGAAAGGGACCCUGGUGUGACAUGUUUGAAACAAUCGUUGCUGCAUGAGUGAUCAGCUCAGGCGGCGUGGGUCACACCUCCACAGCGGGACCGCGAGGGCUGAUCACCAAGCAUCCACCAAAGCGCCAGAUACAAGUGAGCAAACAUUCGCUCUUCACUGGCGUCUGACAAGAGGAAGAGGGGGGGGGGAGGGGUGUCGAGGGAAGAGAGGAAGCAAGCGGGCGAGGGAGGAGAAUCCACUCGGAAGGAGGCUAAACACGCAGGAGGAUGCUCGACCAAACCAGACCGUCAUCCGGGAGCAAAACGAGAAAUCAACGCUUUUCUCCUUGAAGAGCCACAUUCCUACGCCUCUGGUGUCCAUUUUUUUUUUUACAGAGAGGGGGAGGAUUCCAGUUUUUAAAGACCAUGAGCCAGGCCAAAAAAGGUGAGCUGGCCAUCCGAGAUAAAGCCAUCCUGCAUCAGCAGCGCCGUCUCAAGCAGGCCACUCAGUUCACGCACAAGGACUCGGCUGACCUGCUGCCCCUGGACGGUCUAAAGAGACUGGGGACAUCUAAAGACCUGCAACCCCACAGUGUCGUGCAGCGCCGUCUCCUGGAGGGCAACAUCCCGCGGCUUCGGGGCGAGGCCCGAGACCCCGCCGCCCACGUUCGCUCGCCGCUGGCCGACAAUGGCGGCAAGGACGGGCCGGCGGACGGCGACGAUGAGAGCGCCGAUGACGCCUCGGCCGAGGAGAGCGACAAGAGCCUCACAGCUCUGCGGGUUCACUGCAAGUGCUGCGAAAGUGAAGUGAAGGUUUCUUUCAACACCAACAGCGUGCACAACCACAUCUCUGCAUCCUGCUGCAAACGGCUCGGCCUCUCGGCGACAAGCCGGGACCCAAGCGGCUCAGUGAGCGGCCUCAGGCUUCAGCUGGGCUCGAGGACCAUCCGGUGCUCUGCUUUGCUCCAAGAGGACGACGCGUGCGAGCUGAGCCUCGGCCUGCACACGCUGCUCCAAUUCAAGUGCUGCCUGGACCUGAACCGCCAGGUCUUGACGCUAGGGGGCGGUGCUGAGGAGCUUCCCUUCCUGAGUGGUGACAAAGCCGACGGCUCCGAGGCGUAAGCGCCGAUUCACGUUUCGACUUGAAAAGGUCGAGGAAAUUCAAAUUCCGAAUUUCACCGGAAUUCCAACGGGUUCAAAAUGGCGGUUCAAACAUAUUUCGAAAGAUUCCGUUCGGGCUUUCUUAUUGUGACACUCCAAACAUUCCCAGUUGGCCUUAGUUUUCCCUGGAAAAAAUUUUCCAAGUUGAGCAACAUUUUCAAUUAAUUCACAGGCACUUUCUCCAGAAAUGAGUUUGUUUUAUACGAUCGCGCGGUCUCACGCUCUGUGCGCAGCUAGCUGGGCUUUGCCAAUUGCUCCCAAUGAAAAAUAGCCCGUCGCACGCUUAUCUCCGAGUCACAUUCUGAAAAAUGAAAAAAAUGUCUAUGUGCAUGACGUUGUGGCGUUCCCCCCCCGCGUGUCUGUGAACCCGUCUGAUGGGCGUGUGUGUGUUCACACAGAAAAAUAAAGAAAUAAAAAAGCCGAGAGGGUACAAGCUGCCUUCCCACACUGCCUUUGUCACAUCUUUAAAAAGCUUUGCAUCUUUUUGGGAUCAUUUAGUGCAAUUUUUGCACUCGUCACACCUCGCCAUUUGCCUCUUUGAUAUUUUUCUUCAAGGUAGAGCCGACUUGCCCCCCUGCCUUUCUUCCAUUCGAAAAAUAGAAAUUUUUUGGUUAUUUUGGGUUGUCGUUUUGUUGGACGUUCCGCCUUUCGCGCCCCGUCAACCAGUGGCGAUGUUUAUUUUGGGUGUUUCUCGCUGCUCUUCUUCUGUAUCACAGUAUUUUCUCUGGCUGACAAAUAAAAGAUAUGUAUUCUGGCUA